CUCCUUCACAUUCCAGCUGUGUGUAGUGUAGUUGAGGUUCAAACGACACCACCGAACAAAUGUGUUCACUUGUACCAGGAGUUUCGGUGUGAAGGGAUCUCAGUUGUGGAGCCUGACCGGACCGAGCAUCGAGCUGAACACCGACCACGGAGGAGUUUCUGUCACGGAGGAGGACAGAAAACCCGGAUGAGAAGCUGCCGGAGUGUCCGGAGCUGCUGCUUCUGCUCAGGUGAUGGCGCCCACGCGGAUGAAGCUGCGCGUGCGUCGCCGUGACAAUGCUGUUGGGGGUUCAGGUGUGGCCACAGGGAGCGGUCAGCCUGAAGAAGAAGAAGAAGGGAGGAAUCGAGAAAGUGGAGGUGGGCGAAGCAGUAGGCGGAAGAGUGCCCCGGCGGCUCCCUCAUCAUCUCCUCCCACAUCCUCAGCCGCCGCCUCGGCAAGGGCUGCACUUGCUGCAGAGGAGGCAUCGCCUGACUCAAAGUGUCCAAUCUGUCUUGACCGUUUCAACAAUUUGGCGUACCUGGACCGUUGUCUGCACCGCUUCUGCUUCCCCUGCAUCCAGGAGUGGUCUCACAACAAGGCUGAGUGCCCGUUGUGCAAACAGCCCUUUGCCUCUAUCCUGCACUCUGUCCGCGCUGAGGACGACUUUAAGGAGUACACGCUGCACCCGCCACCCGGCAACGGCAGUGUGGCCGCCACCGUCGCCAUGGUGGCAGCAAUGGCAGCAAGGAGUGAGCACCAGAUAAGGCUGAUGCUACGGAGGCACCGGGCAGCGGAUGGCAGUGAGGCAACUGCAAGGAGACGCAGGCGGGAGCGUGGAAGCUGGCGAGCGGAGCAGCCAGGUGUCUGGGAGUGGUACCUUGACUCACCCCCUCUUCAUCUCCCUCCUUUUCCUCAGCAGCCCGCUGCCUCUCCACUUGUGGACAGUGAGGAUGGAGAAGGUGUGGAGGAGCAGAGGAGGGGUGGAACUGAUGUCGCAGAGCGUGGAGUCAUAUUUGAAGGCUUGACGGGCCUUGGUGGGGCAGCGGCUCCUUUGUCAAUCAAUGACCGAGCAUCUCGAAGGCUCAUGACCCGUCUGGCGGCGAGGCAGCGGCUACAGCGAGAAGGUGGGACUGUGCGGCGGCUGAGGGAGCGGGAGACAGUUGCAUUCCGUCGUGCCCUGUACCGCAGCGGCAUAUGGGUCUGUGGUGUUGCCAUGGGCUACCAGGGGCAGCAGCAGCGUGACAUCACAGCUGAGAGUUUCCGCCGCAACCCUGCCCACCUGAACAGACUCCGCCCUUGGCUGCGUCGGGAGCUCACAGUGCUGUACGGUGCCCACAACUCGCUGGUCAGCAUUGUCCAGCGCAUCAUCAUGGCACGACUCGCCCGGCACGGUCUGGAGGACACACCCACCAUAGAAGAAGAGCUGCGGCCCUUCCUUCUUGCCCGCACCGACCAUUUCCUGCAUGAGCUGGUGAACUUUGCCCGCUCGCCGCUCAGCCUGGACAGCUACGACCUGCAGGCGGUAUACGAGCCACCAGCCACCGCCAUGGAGCUGGAUGGUGUGGAGAGCUCCUCCGACAGCAGCUCCGUCAUCGCAAUUUCGGAGGGCGAGGAGGAGAUGGAAGAGGAGCGGGAGGCUGCAGCAGAGGGAAGGCUGGAACCGAGCUCAACUCAGGCAGACGUGGACGAUGUCAUCCAGACUGGAAGCUGUCUGAGUCUAACGGCAUGGGACGAUGAGACGCCAGGCCCCUCCUACUCCAGCGCUGAGCCGUCAUGCUUGUUUAGCCCCGCCCCUCAGGAGGGAGCCAGUGAAGAGCGAGUGGAGAAGCAGCAGCAGAUGGAGGGGGAGGAAGAGGAGGAAGAGUGUCUUAUUGUUGGGUACAAGAAACCCAUUGCUGAGCGCACGCCGGAGUUGGUCCAGUUGUCCUCCGACACCGAAGAAGAGAAGCAGCAGCAGGAGGAGGAGGAGAAAAAAAAAGAGGAGGAGAAAACGGAGGCUCCACCCCUCACUUACGUACCCACAAUCCCUCCCUCCACGUCAGGCGCCUUCAGAGAGGAGAGAGUGGGCGCUCGUGCUCGGUCAUGGUCAGGCAGCUCCGGCCGAAGCCACAACUCAAGCAAACGGCGGCGAGAUGGAGAGAGAAAGCACCCAAGUGGUGAAGCAGUGAGGAGGAAGAGGGAACAGAGGAGGAAGAAGAGGAGGAGUCCUAGGAGGAGGCAGGAGAAGAGCGGCACACUGUACAACCCAAACCGCUCCAUCUUCCCCGCUGCCAUGCUCCGCCACUCGCGCUCGCCCUCACCCUUCGACUCCAGCGUCGGGUCCAGCUGUCCGGACUCUGACUGGGAAUACUCCCACGUGUCUCCUCUCAUCUCGUCUCCAUCUUUGCCUUCCCGCUCCUCCUCUUCCUUCUCAUCCUCACCGCUGCCUUCACCGCUGCCUCCACAAACACCGGCAACGCCUUCCGACGUCCACAGCAUCGAAAAGCCUGGAGGAAAGAGGAAAUACAAGAGCCGGCACCUGGACAGCAACGACAGAGACCCGACAUGGAAGCCGAGUGGUAGCCAACGGAGGGAGAGAAAGGAGAAGAGGAGGAGGGAUGACAGGAGGAGGAGGGAUCCCCAACGGGAAAGUGGUGGAUACAAUGCUGAUAGCAGGAGAGACAGAGAGGAGCGGAGUCCCAGUGUGGAGAUUAUCUAUGAAGGCACCAUCACCUCUGACACACAACCACAUACCAGGAAGCGCCGCAGGAAACGUCGCCGUAGGGCAGCACAGAACAGCUCUCCAGUUAUCAUCACACUGGACAGCGACAGCAGCCAGGAUGAUGUCAUCGACAAACCGAGCAGCAGCUGCAGCAGUCCAUUCAGCAGCCAGCAGACGAUUGACUUUUCUGACCUUCCCCCUCUGCCAUUGGUGCACUCCACUGGUGUGGGCGGGGCUUUGGACGCUGAAAUCGGUGAGCUUCCCGUUGACAUCCUGGACAGGGGGUCCGACAGGUCGGAGACAGAGCCGGCAUGUCAGUCUAAGGUUUCUGACCCAAUCAGUGUUGACAACAGCGAUGACAGCGAUGCAGACGUGGAUGUGGAGAGGCUGGACAACCCGGGGCUCUCAGAUGGACCAAUCAAAGUUCAAGUAGAUGGUCGCUCACAUGCAGUUGGAGGCAGGCCUGCGUCCCUGAACAGAACAGAUCUUCCAUCAGACAGACGCCUGUUAGCAACCAUUUUGAAUGAUCUAGAAGGACUUGCAGUGCCAAAAUGUGACCGCUUGAACUCAGAGCCUGGGUGUCAUUCACCUGAUGCAAAAUCAAAGCCUGUGGGCGGGACUUUGUCAUUUGAGUCCACACAGCCUUUUGUUGACAAAGCUCAACAACCGGACCUCCCGUUGUCACUGCCUGCUCUUCACAGGGAUGCCCCCCCACUCCUCAAACAGACCAGCCCUGUACGUUCAUACAACAGAAACACACCACCGCCAUUAAAACACAAAGAUGACUCCGCCCACAGCGAUAACCCAGCUGAACCGGGCAGCAGAGGCCCCCCAGCGAACUCCCAAACCACCAUACUACCCUCCUCUGUUUCCUGCAGUUUGACAAGUGUUGCAUUCCCUCCCGCACCUAAUCCACCUCCUGUGAACUCCUGCACACAGAGUCCAGAUCUGAGUCCACAUCCCACAGAGUCUACCUCGGGUGGUCUUAGGAGUUUCCGCCCGGCCUCCUGUCCGGUUUCACCCGUAGACCUCCAUCCCGCCAGCAGUACGGCAGCAGGAAGUGACGCUUUCUCAGGAGUCAGCACAUCUGACACGUCACCCGCCGAGUCCAGAACUCAGACUCCGCCCACACCCACCAACUCUGAGUUUGCCACUAAUGUUGGUGUGAACCUAAACUCUCGCGUUGAUCCACUACUGAUCAAUCACAGCGACCGCUCUCCUCACCUGAACUGUGACCCCACCCUCCCACCCCUAGGACUCCGCCCCCGUUCCCCUGACGCACACUUGAACCACACCGGCCUCUCUCUCGAACCCGCCACUGCUGUGACCUGCUCCACGGAUCCAGAUUCCAAAAACCCUCAGAGAGACGUCCAGCUUCUCCAAUAGGGCUCCAACUCAUCCACUCCCACUCACAAAAUUCCUGAAAAAACAGACUUGAUUUUUCCCUUCCACUGUUCCCCUUGGUUAAACUGUUUAUUUAAACUGUAAUGUGUUUAAAAUUCACCGCUGUUUGUAUGUGAGCCAAAAAAACUGACUUUUUUGGAGGAAAUAUUGAUUGAAGUAUUUAACUUUUUCUAUUUUUUUAAUAAAAAAAAAAUAAACUUUUGUAUGCAGAGGGGCAUCGAUACAAUUGUUGAGUAAAUGUAAAAUUUCAGUAAGAGUUUGCUUUUUAAAGUUGGUUUUAAAAAACAGGUUAUUAUUUAUCUCCGUUAAAAUGAUAAAUAUUGACAUUUUUUGUUUUCAAAUAAUGCACUAGCAGAAAUAAAUCAAUAAGAUGCAGAUAUUCAAUCCAAUCAUUCAUGGAGGAAUGCUACAAUUAAGGGUAAGAUAAAUUCUAGAUAUGUGUUUGUACACAUUCUGUAGGGAAGAUUUAUGAUUAAAGAAAACCCAAAUAAAGCUUUGGUGAGUGU